AUGGAAGAUGGGAAUCCAGAUGGGGGCUUAAAAAUGGUUGCGAUGAGGAAGGGUAGCUUCCAUGGGCAGCGUGAGGGAGAUGGCGAACGCGACAAACUCGUUGACCUGAACGACGCGACGGAGAUAGUGAUCAAGGCAAGUUCGGUGGACGGCGCGAGGGAGAUGUGCUUCAUAGAUGUGAGAGGGUUUUUUGAACGGUUCGUGGGAUAG